CCAGCUGCAGUUACAUCUUAGUGAAGAAGACCUCAGCUCCCAGGAAGAGCAUGGCGCGGGUUAUGUGUUGGUUCGACUCCCUUCGCUGCGGAACCAGGAGGUAACAGCGGUGUCACCGCGAGAUCUAGCCGAGAAGCAGUGACGGCCUGACGGUUAGAAAGAGACGGUUAGUCGGACUCGGGUUGGUUGAGAAUCCAAACAAUGGACGACAACCCUGCUCGGAGGGAGGUAGCUCGUCCGAGGAGGAGGGCGUCUGCUGCUGCCGCGGAGGUUGGAGCUAACGUAAGCCUGCAAGAUGGCGAGGGAAUCGAGCUACAUUCAGCCAGAGAAACUCAAGCUGGUCCCGACAGACUGAGUGCUGCUGGCGGGAGGACGGAGAGGAGGAACUCGGGACCGCAGGUGGUCCACCAGAGACACAUGCCGAUGGAGCCCCUCAAGUUCCACAUCCCGAGGAAAACCAAGGAAAAGAGAGCUCUGUUCCAGCAUGUCUCCACUGAGUCCAGAGAGUAUGAAGACAUGAUGACCAUCCUGACUUCCAGCUACAUCGACACCAGCUCUGCUGGCUGCUUCACCUACUGCAAACCUCGGCUCGUCCACAGUGAGCUGCUGGAGAAAGAGUUUGUGGAGAAGAGGAAGGAGAUGAAGGCAGAUGGGAGGACAGACAAGGAGCUCGAGGAGAGCUACGGUUUCCUGUUGGCUGAUUCUGUCAAGCUGCCCUGUCUCUGUGAGAAGGGGCUGCUUGUGGGUCAGAGCUGGAUCACACUGCUGGGACACCCCAGUAAAGGAGUGUAUCUGUCCAGGUACUCGGACCUACUUCAGAUUAACCCCUUAAAUGUUGGAGUCACGGGGGAGAUAAUCAUCUUCAAAGUGAUGAAGGGGAAAGUGAAGAGCAUAUAUGAGAACAUGAAGAACGUUCUGGAUCCAACGCCUCGCUUUGACAGCCACAUCUCCAAGAACGCCAGCAAAGUCACAUCGCUCACAUCCUACCGCGCCUUCGAACUCACACAGCAAUACUUCUAUGAGUAUUCCUUCGACGAGCUGCUCCAGCGACCUCGCCAGGUGUGUCCGUAUGCUGUCGUCUCCUUCCAGUUCAAAGGAAAAGACUCUCCACUCCCCAGCAAGCCGCUGACCCCCAUCAGGUUGAACAGCCAAUCAGCAGAGGGGAGUAAAGAGCGGGCUCAGUUCACAGUGUGGACUGGAGAUUUGGUGAAAGGGGACCAGGUUCUCUUCCAGAUCUCCCUUCGCUCCUUCUCUCCUCCCUUCUUGCCCCACAGACUACCGGAGAAGUUGGAAAUCGGAUGGCUGAUGAAGCUUGACCAGGUGACCAAGCUCCUGCCCUCCGACCUGCUCUCGUACAGCCUCUACAACAGCAGCCAAGAAGUUGUGAAAAAUGGCCGUUGCUGCAGUCUCCUGGAGGUGACUGACAGAAGUCGAUCUACGACCAGCGUGACGAGACUGCUGCAGGAACUGGAGAUGAACAGAGUGGUUUUGGUGACUCAGCUUACAGACAGAGGCUUUCUCUUCCUGUUAUCCAGUGUUCAGAUGGCCACACCCUCUGAGCGAGGAGAGAGCUGGAAGAGGUGUCUUCAGGCCUUGUUUGUAUUCCCGGAGUCCAGAGAUGUGGCCAAAUCCACAUUAAGGUGUGCCUCCUCCUCCCAUGAUGCCUCAGAGUCGAUGUCUGGCAACACGGUGAUGCCGCGACUGAGCCAGUUCAUCCCAGUGCUGCACCAUGCCCUGGUCAAGGCCCGCGCCAACCCCCCUCCUGAGCUGUCUGCCGGGGUGGAGCGUCUGGCACGGGAAUACCUCGUCAGCCUGAACGAUGGCCUGGUUCGACAGUACCCCAUGAGCGAGUACGAUUCCAAACUGGACGAGCGAGGAAAGCUGUUUCCUGCUCCCAAACACCACCGGGUGAACAUGGACGGCUAUCUGCGCUCCUACCUGUACAGCCCAGUCCUCUACCUGCUGUCAGUGGCCCGGGCCAGGCAGAUGCUGGAGGCACAUUGUGGCCCAGAGGAGCCACAGGAGGGGAGGCUCAGGAAGAGCCGGCCAGGCCAGAGGGAGGCAGCCGGGAAGGAGGGGACCAGCAACGCUAGAGACGGACAGACCAACACUCAGAAGAUGCAGCAGCUGAUAGACCUGGUUUUGACCUGUAAGAGGAAUGCAGAGAAUGAGGUGAGGAUGGAGGAGGGAGGAGGAGGAGGAGGAGGAGGAGGAGGAGGGGUGAAGGUACCAGGGAGGAAGAGGAAAAGGGAACAGGAGACCGCAGAGAGGGCGCUUAAGUUCCUGAAGGCAUCACAGGAUCCCGGAAGACCCAGCAAGAUUCCAGUUGAGAGAAGCCAAGUCCCUGGCUCUCCUGGCUCUCUUGCGUCUGUGAUUGGCUCAGUGGGUUUGAAGGACGUUGAUCUGAGGGAAGAUGGAUCUGAACUAGCUGCGAGACUUCUCAGUCUGCUAACAGGUCUCAACCAGGCUGCCAGGGGAACGGCCAAUCAGAGCGUCAGUGAAGUGCCAGAGGAGGGGCAGAGGGAAUCCUGUCCAUUUGAUAAGUUGGCCACCAAGCUUGGUCUGCCCACCAACUGUGACAUUGACCUGAGGAAGCAGGAUGAGCUGGAGAUGGCGGGCAGCGUCAGUAGUUCGGAGGGAUUCAGUCCCAGCUCCCACAGCGGGGAGAUGAUUCACCACGGAGCAGCAGGAGGAGGAGGAGGAGGAGGCGGCCAGGCGAGGAGAGCAGCAGGAUACGAAGAGGCGGAGGAAGCGGGGGAGAUCCCUUGGGUUCUCAUCCCCAUUACAGGUCUUACAGGUGUGUGUUCACAGAGGUACACCCAGAGAGACCGAAACAUCCCUCAGGACCCUCGCUUCCAGCACCUCACCACAGCAACAAGCAUCACCACAGCAACCAAACCUCGCAGGAAGAGCCCCACCCCGUCUCCUGAGCGACGCAUUCCUCCUUCCCCCCUCCAGUGCCUAUCCCCUGAGCCCAGCCCUCCUCACUCCCCCUCCCAAUGCCCAUCACCCGACCCUAGCCCUCCCCAGUCACCCUCCCAAUGUCCGUCUCCAGAGCCCAGUCCGCCCCCUUCCCCGUCUCAGUGCCCGUCCCCAGUGCCCAGCCCUGCCCCUUCCCCUUCCCUAUGCCCGGACGUUCAGCUUGGCCGUUACCACUCACCCUCCUGGUGCCAGUACACGGAGCCUAAUGAGCUCAGCACGUUUAACAAGGACUACAGUGGUGCUAACGAGGAGCAGUUAUCCGCCACAGCCUCCAGGGAGUUUGCAGGGGUGUUCAAGGACAGAGAAGAGAAACCUCAGGGGAAGGAAAAGAAGAAUGAAGAGCCAUCCAUGUCUGCAUCUAUCGCUCCAGCUCCAGAGAGGACGACGAACCUCUCACCCCAACCUGAUGAGCGGGAGAAGGAAGUUUUGGAGGAGGAAAAAGAAUCUCAGCCAGUUGAGAAAGUGCAAAAGCGAGAACAAGAAGGGGUCGGCGAGGGUAAGAAAGACGAGAAGGAAGAGGUGGAAAUGAUGCAUGUGGUAGCUAGUGAUAGUGAUAAUGAGCAAAAAGGAGAAGCAACAGAACUCGUAGGCAGCUCUUUGUUUUCUCCUUCCGUCUCCUUACCUCCUUCUCGUCUUGACAACAUUGUGGACAAACAUUUGGGCGACUUCUCCUCUGAGAUACAGCUCCUCCUGCAGCAGCAGAGCAUUAAUUACAGCUUCCCCCAGUCCCCACACUCUAUUUCAAACACACAAGCCCCCGCACCUCAACACACACCCCCACACACCCUCAUAUCUCAGUUUUCACAGUAUGUGUCAUUCUACAACCCCUGCCCCCCGGUCCAGGACUACGUUAGCUCACUACAGGACAGCAUUGAGGGCAUUCUGACAGAGUUUAAUGACAGCUGGCCGAGCCACAAGGCCGGCACCAGCCGGACUGUUGUCGAUGACGCGCUGGCUAGCAGAGUUAGUGAUUUUGUGUCUAGCAUCCGAGCAGCUAAUGCUAAAACCGGCAGAGAUGAUGAUGGUCUCUGUGGUGAACUGACAGCUGCUGACGUCGGUGAUUCAGUCAGUCAAAAUCCUGCUCUCUCCAGAGGAGGUGAGGUGUGGCAGCCACAUACACUCACCAUACAGGUUCCUAAUGCUACAAACAACAGGAACCCCUCGACGUCUCAUGUCACUUUAUCUACCUCUGCGUCUGGUUCCAUCUACAAGCCUACUGAUGCCUCCGUCCUUAUUCCUCCUAUUAACAAGUCCCCACAAUCCCACUGGAACCCACAGCAAAGUCACACUUUGGAGAUAACUAGAACAGUCAUUCAUAACGCCAGACAAACGCAAGACAACAGCACUACCAGGACUGUGCAUUGUACCGCUGGUGUAGAAGGUGGGAGUAGUCUUGCAGGUGCAAACUCUGAGGUGACCUUGCCAGGGUUCAGCGGUGUCUCUAAGCCCUUGACAGAACCGUCUCGCCCCUCUGAGCUGCUCUCCAGUCCGCCCUCUGAAUCCAUCCCCGGUCCCGGCACAGGCCCAGCUCCCCCAGCCAUGGCCCUGAGCUCGCUCAUCAGCCAGCUGCAGCCAGAAGUGUUCAGCAGCCUGGUGGAGAUCAUCAAGGACGUCAAGAGAAACUCCUUGCAGUUCUACCUCCACAGCCCCGAGCCAGAGGACCAGGUUCAUGAGGAAGUCAAGGAAUACCUGUUGAAGCAGGGUAACAUGGAGCAGAGUCCUGUAACCUUUCUGAGCGAAGAAACUUCGGACAACAGACUGCUGGUCAUCAUCAAGAACAAAGACAUAGCUGGACACAUACACAAGAUCCCAGGUCUGGUGUCCCUGAAGCGACAUGCCUCUGUGGUGUUUGUGGGAAUCGAUACACUGGACGACAUCAGGAACAACAGCUACAACGAGCUCUUUGUUUCUGGAGGCUGCAUCGUUUCAGACGAGUUAGUCCUCAAUCCAGACUUCAUCACUCACGAUCGACUGGCUGCGCUGCUGAUGAUCCUGGAGCAGCACAGUUCUCCAGAGAGUGUCUGGAGGUGGAAGGUUCACUGCAAAACCCACAAGAAACUCAAAGAACAAGCCAGGUUCAGAAGAGAUGCAGCCAACCUACUGAACAUACUGUCAGCCUAUCACAAGCGGCAGAUUGUUGAGUUCCUCCCAUAUCAUCAGUGCGACAUGAUGAACCAUCAGUCCCCUGACCUGGACUGUCUUAUGGAGCUCCAGGCCCGAUACACACAGUACCGACACACAGUCUUCCUGACUGAGCAUCAUUUUGAUAAGUUCGCUGCCUACUCUAGUAGCGGCAUCAUCAUGGCCAAUAUUGAAGAGUUUCUGCACGACUUCACCAGACUGGUCGGUUACCACGAGAUGAAGGACAGGCAGCCAAUCAUAGAUGACGUGCUGGCUCCCAAAGGGCUCGGGAGGCAGCUGAGUCAUAGUGACGCUGUGUCAGGCUCUGAACGCUCUCCCUCUAUCUUCCCAGAACACAUCCAUCCCCUCUCCUCCAGUGAUCAACCCCAACAUCUCCUCCAGCAGUCCGGCUCCAUCGUCCCCACUCCCUCCAAUCUGUCUGACCAGCUCGUCCCGGACGCUUCCUGUAAGGAAGGUGUGCCACACCAUUCAGACACAGACUUUGAGGUUCUUCGACUGGCCAUCUCACAUUUACGGGCUGAGCGUCAGGCGCAGCUGCAGCAGCAGUUGGACUCUCAGGCAGAGCUGAGCAUCAACUCCCUCAAAAGCUCCCCUCCCAAUCUCGUUGGUACAGGUAGCGGUCACACCACCCCUCUUUUAGCUCAAGGAGGUCCCACCGAGUCUGUUAACGUCACUCAUGACAGGAAAGCAGUGGCAGCCACUCUGGAGUUAAUUCACUCAGCAUUACAGCAGGAGCCGGCAGAGGAGGAGAGGAGGAAGAACGGAGCAGAGGCUCCCACAGAGGGACGGACGAUAGGAGGAAGUAAAGGGGCUGGAGAUCAGAGAGAAGGUACUCCAGUGAGAGUGGUGGGGCUACUGGGAGAAAACAGGGCUCCCAGUAACAGUGACACUUCUAGCCUUUCGUCCAAUCAAAGCACAGCGGCCGUGAUGGCACCAAGUACCCAGACAGACUCAACCGAUGACGGCAGAGAGAAAGCAAAUCAAAAAGAAGAACCUGUAUUUCCCAAAACAGAUAAGCAUGCUGCAGCCUCCUCGAGUACCACAGCUCAGCCUGUAGAAGGCGACGUAACGAGAGACCAACAGUCAGGCCAGGAGCAGCCAAGAGGAGAGGGAGCACCACCUGGCAACAGCACUGUCAGUGGCACCAAGACCGUUAGCAGAGAGGGCGAUGGGCCUGACAAUCACAGCCCCCACCCAUCUUCUAUCACCGGUUCCCAGACAGAAGAGGAUUUUCCACAACUGUCUUCCACCGGCACAGACAGAAAACAAGAGGGAAAAUGGCAACCUGGAAAUGCGUCGGACUGCACCCCUGUCCCAGAACCACAACGCCUGCAGCUGUACAACCACAAGGGUGAAAAAUUCAACUAUACUACUCUGAAGAAUCCCCUGUCCUGGAAGGAUAUCACCUAUUACAGACCAGGAUGGAUACCGUGCCACCUGCCAUUUCUCAAGCCCGGCAACCGGUAUUGGGAACUGAAGGCUAACAGCACUGUGGUCUCCAUUGGCAUGGCACCGCCAUAUGGGAAAGGUCCGAAGAGGGUGGCCUGUGGAGUAAUCUGUUACAACCACUUCGAAGGCCCUUGGUGCGAGGUCCAGUCCUACAAUGGGGACGGGGUCUGUUUGCUCACCACAAGGCGUGGGUCCACCCAUCGCUUCUGAUGAGGCACGGACCACCGGACCGGGGGGCAGAAUGUGAGAGGAUGAAAUGAUGUUUACAGACGGUCCGAGCCAAGCGUGCAUUCUGCCACUGCUCACUGCACAAGCCAGAAAAAACUAAAGAGACUGACGAUGUUCUGAUAUAAGCUAUGUAUAAAAACGCAUGUAUACUCUGUGUAACCAAUGUUGUAUUAAUCAUGUAAUAUAAAGGGAGAACCUGGAAGAAGAGCUUAGAGAGACGGAGACAGCUCUCUUCACAGGAAACCUUGUGAAAUCAUGGAAUAGCAAUCAUAUAGGGCUGGGCAAUAUGGCGAUAUAUAUUGUCAAAUCAAUAUAAAAAUCAUAUAACUUAUAUAUUUCUCUAUAUCGUCUCUAUUGUGAAGUUGAAAAACCAGCAAACCAAACUGCAUUAUGACAAUAUUUAGUAACAUUUCUUGCACAUUAUGUUCAUUUUGCACUUAAUAAAACAAGAAAAUACUCCGUAUAUUUCAUUUAGCAAGUAUUUCAUUCACACAGGAGUUGUAGUGGGUACCGAAACCCAAGAAAGCUAUUAUUACAUUUUAAAUAUAUCGUUUAUAUUUGGCCUUAGCAAAAAAAAACAUGCCAUUUUUUUAAUGUCACAACUGUCGUUUUGUGCUGUUUUAAAAGUAUAGUUUUAGCACCGGUUUUGAGAAAGGAAAAAAAGAUAUCAAACUCUUCACGGGAGAAUACCGAAACUAGAAUAGAAUAUUUAUUUAUUUAAUAACAAGAAACGUAAACAUGCUGUGAUAUAUAUUGUCAUUGAGAUAUAGAACAACCUGUAUAUUGAGCUAGAAGAUUUUGGUUCAUAUCGCCCGGCCCUACAGUCAUAUUAUUUUUACUCUGUAUGGCAUUUUGUACAUCUUUUUAUUUUGCUUAAUAAAGCUAAAUAGAUCACUUGGUCUAUUGGAAGACAA